AUGGACGGUGGCCAGACCUCUUCCAAUCCCGCCCCCGCUGGGAACUCCAGCGACUUUGUACGCAAACUGUACAAAAUGCUGGAGGACCCAACCUACGCGUCUAUAGUACGCUGGGGUGAUGAGGGAGAUUCCUUCGUGGUCUUGGAGUGUGAGAAAUUCACCAAGACCAUCCUACCAAAACACUUUAAACACAGCAACUUCGCCAGUUUUGUCCGCCAGCUGAAUAAAUACGACUUCCACAAGGUUCGACAAAACAACGAGGAAAAUGGCCAGUCGCCAUACGGCCAGAAUGCUUGGGAAUUCAAACACCCAGAGUUUCGCGCCAACAGCAAAGAAUCACUCGAUAAUAUUCGACGUAAGGCGCCCGCGCCACGGAAACAAACCCAAACCACCGAGGAUUCCGUACCCACGCAACAAAUCGAUCUGCUCAACCAGCAGAUUGUCGCCCAACAGCAGCAAAUCCAGCAUUUAUCAGAUCGCUAUGCCCAGCUUACCGUCGAUCAUCAGCUCAUGUUACAAGAAGUGAUGCGAGUGCAAAAGACGGUUUUGAACCACGAGAAUGUCAUUCACCAGGUCAUGACCUACUUGCUUUCGGUGGAUGCGCGCCAGCGACGGGAUAGCAAGGCUGUGGCUUUCCAGGCACCCGGAACCACCAUGAGUCCUUCUCAGGUUGGCGCUGUGGAUGACGAACCCUCAUCGCCUCUCCAGCAAGCCUCGAAGCUCCUGAAUGAUAUGAACGCCGAACUUCAAUUCAAUAUGAACAGUGUCGACUCGAUGAAUGAUCCCCAAAAGGCCGUCGUCUCGACUCCCACAAUGGAUCCGAAUGCGCGCAAUGGUUCCCUCCGUCCCACGACGACUGCACCACCCAACCAAGGCCUAGUUUACCCCAAGAUGACCGGUGAUUUGGAGCAAGUGGUAUAUCCCGUGGGCGCUACAAACGGCAUCGAUCCCAUGUAUAGCGAGCAUAUCAACAACGUUCCGUAUCCCAUGCCCGCCAAGCAGGAGAUCGAUCCUUCAGAUGCCCGUCGGCAAUUCCCCGACAACCGGAAGAAGAGUACGAAUGUGGACCCUGGCUGGGUGCGCAGCCCUCAAAUUCUCUUGGUUGAGGACGAUGCCACUUGUCGACAAAUUGGCGGCAAAUUCCUGUACUCUUUCUCUUGUGUCAUUGAUACCGCGUUUGACGGCUUGGAGGCUGUGAACAAAAUCCAGGGUGGUUCCAAAUACGAUCUAAUCUUGAUGGACAUUAUUAUGCCAAAUUUGGACGGAGUAUCAGCAUGCCAUCUCAUUCGCCAGUUUGAUCGCACGCCUAUCAUUGCUAUGACCUCGAAUAUUAGAAGCGACGACAUUCAGCUUUACUUCCAACAUGGAAUGGAUGACGUUCUCCCCAAACCCUUCACUCGCAAGAGUCUUCUUGAUAUGCUGGAGAGACACCUGGACCAUCUCAAGAUUUCGCCACAGAACCCUGGAAUGGAGCCGGUACCGUCGUCUGCAGCCGCUGUAACUAUGGCAGCCGCGGCUCAAAACUCGGCAACCCAGUCGAUUAAAGAAGACAGCUCACCAGGCCAAUCGCCCGCUGGAUCUAUGACUAACUGGCAAUCCCCCGGCCAAUUCCAAAACAUGCAGGCCGUUCCAUCGAACAUGCCGACAGUUCAAGGACCAUAUGUCACAGCUCAACCGAAUGCCUACACUGUUGACCAGAACGGCGUCCAGUAUCCAGCACCACCACCUCCAGUAGGAGUUCCCACCGCCGGGGCUCCCGUUCGGCCUCCACAUCGCCGCCAGAUCUCCGACUUGUCUAGUGCCACUGAAAACCCCAACAUGCCCAAACGGCAGCGCAUGUACUCGCAACCCCAACCAAUGCUUGCCGUGCAAGCUGGUCGACCUGGCUAG